AUGCCUGCUGCAGAGCUGCCUGUCUUGACCGUCGCCACGUCGAAGCUUUGGCGACGAUGGCUUGCACAGAAUAGCUCGAACAUGCCCGGAGUCUGGCUCACGGUAGCGAAGAAAGGCACGACGAAACCUACGUCAAUGACCUACGCCGAUGCCUUGGACGAGGCCCUCUGCUGCGGCUGGAUAGACAGUCGAACUCGCAAGGUUGAUGAGUAUACCAAUUCCUGCCGCUUUACGCCACGAGCACCCAAAGGCUUAUGGUCAAAGCGAAACGUGGGCUACAUAGAACGUCUGCUGCAAGAAGGACGCAUGCAGCCAGCAGGUCUUGCGCAAGUCAAAGCUGCCAAAGCCGACGGCCGCUGGGAUGCUGCGUAUUCUGCUCAAGGAGAGCCGCCGGAAGAGUUCUUCGCGGCAUUGAAGCAGAAUCCGGGGGCCCAGAACAUGUGGGACAAGUUGAACAAGGGUAAUAGAUGGCAUAUUUACUUCACCUUACUCAAUUUGAAGACCGAGGCUGGGAAAGCGAAGCGGAUCCAGGGCUUUGUUGAGAUGCUAGCACGCGGGGAGACGCCUGUGCCGCAGAAGAGUGCGGCGAACAAGACUUCAAAGAGAGCGGCGUCUGCAAUGGAACCCCUUGAUCAAGUCUUGCCUCGCGAAGCUGUGGUCCGGAAGACACGAUCUGGAAGGAACGCUCCCUCCUACAGCGACACAGGCUGA